AUGCCAAUAGACAGUCGGGAGUCAGAUAUUAUAGCGGAUGAGUUUGACAAUCGAGGAGGAAAUCUUGUCAUAGAGGAUCUCUCACCAUUCAGUAGUUAUAUGUGUUAUGUGUUAGCGUACACAAGUCGUGGCAUCAGUCCAUCCUCGGAGCUUGUGUAUUUCAAGAUGCUGGAAGAUGUUCCUAGUGUAGCACCAACAUUCACGUUGUCUAGUAACAGUCCGAACAUCAUCCUGAUAUACUGGGAAUCCAUACCCAGUGAGAACAGAAAUGGCAUCAUCGUGUCUUACAAAAUCUUCUACAGAAAUGAAGCCACAACAGAGCAAUCUGUAGUAGAAUUGGACAGUAAUUUAAAUUAUUACUUACUCAAUAAUCUUGAUGGCAAUACGUUAUACCAUAUCGCUAUGUCUGCGUCUACCAAUGUUGGCGAGGGUGUAAAAUCCGAAUGGAGUUCAAGAACUACAGCAGCCAAUCCGGAUCCUACAAUUCCCAAUGCUCCAGUAAUGGAAUUGGUACAAGUUAAUUCAAGCACGGUGAAGGUGCAUUGGUCAAUGCAGUUAGGAAAUGUAUCCAGCCCCAUUACAGGAUUCAAACUCUAUUAUGCUUCAGCAAAAAAUGAAGAACAUCGGACUGGGCCUGUGAUGUUACCAAGUAAUGCAAUGAUGUACGUCUUGUCUGGACUUUCGCCCUCAACCAGAUAUUUUGUAGAAUUGCUUGCUUACAAUCAGAUUGGCGAUGGUAGGGAUGCAACUGGUUACGUUGAAACUUCCGAUCUUAGUGAAGGGCCAGUAGAUAAGAUCCUGCCAGUACCACCAUAUCCUAAUAUUAAUAAUAUAGUGCCAUUGAACUCUACUGCCAUUUAUUUAUCAUGGGAUAAGCCACAGACGAUGUUAACCAUUGUGUGCUAUACUCUUCGUGUGACACCCUUGUAUACAGCUAAUGCCACCAUGGUGCGAAGAGAGACUAGCAAUUUAAGGCAGUAUGUAUUGAAUUCGUUGAAGCCUUUUACUCGUUAUUUGAUCGCUAUUAAGGCACACACACCGACGACUGAAAGUCGGUUUAGUUUGGAUGAAUCCGUGGAUACACCGCAGGACAAGCCAUGGUCUGCACCUGUCAAUGUGUUGGUUAAGGAACACAGUACACACAGUGUUGUGAUUCAGUGGUCACCUCCAGACCUUCCUAAUGGCAUUAUAACUAGAUACAUCAUACUCUACAAUGUAAAUACAACCUUGCCAGAGGAUUUAUGGGACAAAGAUGAGAAAGAAGGUACUGUUACUAAGUCUAUUAUAAAUAACCUUCAACUCGGUUAUGAAUAUUAUUUUGUCAUGAAAGCAAGUACUAAAGUUGGAGAAGGUCCCGCUACAGCUCCUAUCCCAUUUAAGAUGCCUGGUUCCUAUUCUUACGACAUCAACACUGAACAUCCUACUGAAUCACCCAGUGUGAGUACAGUUAACAUAACUGGUAUACUAAUAGGAGUGUCUCUGGGAAUAGGAACUAUCAUACUAUGCAUGGUUAUUUUAAUAUGUAAAGUAAGGUAUGGAUGUUUGGUUCCAUGCAACAAACCAAGCACAUGUGAAGUUCACAUACCAACUGCAAAUGGACAUAUUCCCUGUUCGAAUGGUAACGGUCACCUUAAGGUUGAAUUAGACAGUUUCAGCACACCGAUGUUAUCCCCAACAUUACAAGAAGAAACAAGUUUUAUAGAUACGAAAGGUGGAAACGGUGAUGUUAGUAUGAAUGGUUUUGGUCCAUCUGGUUUUUAUCACCGACCUCCGCAGUCGCAUAUUCCACAAAUGGCUGCUGCCCAUCCAUUAUUGAGUGAUGUUCACCCUGCUGAUGAGGACUGUAAUAACGAAGAUGAAGUACUUGAAGAAGAUGAAAAUACAGGUAUUUUGAAUAACCUUAGGAACUCAAAAACUGCUGCUACUCUGCCAGAUGCAGCCACUCAGGGUUAUCAUGGCAACACAGAUGAGAAUAGUAGCAAUGAAUCUGUUGCUAGUUCCCCAGUUCAGGCUUCAGUGGUUCCUCAGGACUCAGGAAACACAAAAGUAACAAUAAAUUCAAAUUCUUCAACGGGUGUCUCGAUUUGUGAACGGCGGACGCCGCCAUCUUGUGAACUUGACGAGUACGAACACAGCAGCAGGGAUGACAUCAGCAGCUCAACCUCAAAGCGAUGA